AUGGCGGAAAAUUUAAAAGCCUGCUCUGUUUGUUGCAAAUCCAGUUGGUCCCAGCUCCAGGAUUUGUGUCGCUUGGAUAAAGUAUGCUGCCCGUCCCUGGGCAUCACCAGGAAAAACCUGUAUGAUUUUGAAGUGGAAUAUCUGUGUGACUACAUGAAAGUCCGGGAUGAAGAAUACUACCUUGUGAAGUGGCGGGGCUACUCUGAAAUGGAAAACACCUGGGAGCCUCGUAAGAACUUGCGCUGCAUCAGUAUCCUCAAGCAGUUCCACCGGGACCUAGAGCAGGCAUUGAUCCGGCGUGGAGACAAGAUGAGAAAGAACUUGCGUUUGCUUGACCCAGGCAUCACCAACUAUCUGGUGCAGAAGGCCAAGCAACGGCAAGCCCUGCAGCAGUGGGAGUACGAGCUCAACGCCAAACGCAAUCACAAGGGACGCAUCAUGGUAGAGAACGAAGUGGACUUGGACGGGCCUCCCCGGGACUUUGUCUACAUCAACGAGUACAAGGUUGGGGAUGGCAUCAUUCUCAACCAGGUGGCUGUGGGCUGCGAAUGCCGAGACUGUCUGCUGGAAGCAGUGGGGGGUUGUUGCCCAGGGGUUUCGCACCAUAAAUUCGCCUAUAACGAGCUGGGCCAAGUGAAGAUCAAGGCCGGCAUGCCCAUCUAUGAGUGCAAUUCCCGCUGCAGCUGUGGGAGCGACUGCCCCAACCGUGUGGUGCAGAAAGGCAUUCGUUAUGACCUCUGCAUUUUCCGGACAGAUAACGGGCGUGGCUGGGGUGUGCGCACGCUGGAGAAGAUCCGCAAGAACAGCUUUGUCAUGGAAUACGUAGGAGAGAUCAUCACAUCAGAAGAGGCAGAGCGACGGGGCCAGAUCUAUGACCGGCAGGGUGCCACUUACCUGUUUGACCUGGACUAUGUAGAGGACGUAUAUACGGUGGAUGCUGCCUACUAUGGCAACAUUUCGCAUUUUGUCAAUCACAGUUGUAACCCCAACCUCCAGGUGUACAACGUCUUCAUUGAAAACUUGGACGAGCGGCUGCCGCGCAUUGCCUUCUUCGCCACUCGCUCGAUCCGUAUUGGGGAGGAACUCACCUUUGACUACAACAUGCAAGUGGACCCGGUAAAUGCAGAGAGCACACGGAUGGACACUAAUUUUGGUCUCAUGGGAGGCCUGACUGGCUCCCCAAAGAAGCGGAUGCGCAUUGAGUGUAAGUGUGGCAUGGAGUCCUGCCGAAAAUACCUCUUCUAGUUUCUUGGCAGUUUUGCUUGGGAGACGUCUGGCCACGCUUGAACUGGAAGGCAAAGAGAUGAACUGGCAGCUGCUGCAAAAUGGCCAUCUAAGAAUGACCGUACCUGCUUAAGAAAACGGAUGAGCGGGACUGUGAACGACAUCAGC